AUGUCCAUGCUUAGCCAAAUAUUCCCCCCCUCGCCGACUUUUACCGAAGAGCAUGUCCCCAAUCUCCAAGGCAAAGUGUGCAUCGUCACCGGCGCGGCCGUCGGCGUCGGCUACCAGCUCGCCAAGAUGCUCUACGCCCAGCACGCCACCGUCUACAUUGCCACGCGCUCCGCCGCCAAGAUCGACGCCGCCAUCUCGUCGCUCCGCGCUUCGGCGCCGUCGAGCCGGGGCGUCCUGCGGGCCAUGGUGCUGGACCUGUCUGAUCUCGCGACCAUUGGCCCCGCGGCGCGGGCGUUCCUCGACCAAGAGAGCCGGCUGGAUGUGCUGGUGCACAAUGCGGGCAUCAUGACGCCGCCAGCGGGCAGCAAGUCCAAACAGGGUCACGAUCUGGAAAUGGCAACCAACUGCCUCGGACCGUUCCUCCUCAGCCGGUUUCUGCAGCCAGUCCAGCAGCGUACCGCGUCACUGCCAGAUGCCAGUCCCGCCGCCGUGCGCACCGUCUGGGUCGCGUCCAUGCUCGACGGCUUCAGCGUCCACGGCGGCAUCGUCUUUGGCGGUGGCGACGGCAAGACUGACAGCAGCGGCGCGCCGGUCGUGCAGAGCAAUGCCAUGGACAACUACAUGCAGACCAAAGCCGGCGCCGUCUUUCUCGCGCACGAGUCUGCGCAGCGCUUUCCCGACUCUGGCGUCGUCAACAUGAGUGUACAUCCGGGACUCAUGCGCACAGAGCUGCAGCGUCAUCAAAACCGCAUUGUCAAGCACGCCAUGGGCGUCGUGUUUAAACCGGCCAAGUUUGGUGCGUACAGCGAGCUCUUUGCCGGCUUCUCGCCGAGCAUCACGGCCGCGCACAACGGCCGCUUCGCCAUUCCGUGGGGCCGUCUCGGGACGGUGCCCCGGCACAUUGAGGAGGCGCUCAAGGGCAGGGAGCGUGGCGGCACGGGGGCGUCGAGGCGCUUUUGGGAGUGGUGCGAGCAGGAGACGGCGCCGUACUUUGUCCAGGCUUGA